GUUUCAGGGCCUGAUGAAACUCUGGCUAGGUAAUGUAGACCUACUUCGAAAAUGAAUUAAGAAACAUUUAAUAUUUCACGGUAACAAAAAGUGAGCGAAAAUACGCGGGAACCCAUGGCCAUUCAUUCAGAAAUGAAGUAACCGUUACAUGGCGGGAUUUGCCGCAUUUAUGUUGUUCGAUUUUCGGAGCUCUUCGGCUUUCGGAACUACUCGGAUGUAUUCAAUGAGUUGAAUCAGACUGGAAGAUGUCUGACGCUUCAGAUAAACCCCUCCAAAAUGGAACCAGUGCACAAUCAAAACAGACUCUGACACAAGGCACAACCGGAGAAAUGUCAAGGCCUAAUCAUCUACAGCGAAUAGCACAGAAGAAAGCGAUCGUAUUGAACUACCCAAAGACAAAGAAGCUUGAAAAAUUAGCUGUGUAUUCCUCUUGCAAGCAGUCUGAUUCAUGUAAAUGCAAUGGAUGGAAGAAUCCAAAUCCCCCACCUACUCCCCCGAGGAUGGAUGUAUCUCAGCCACUAGCUAACCUUACAGACCCCUGUCGUAGCUGUUCACACACACUUGGUGCUCAUGUUUCCCACCUAGAAAACACAGAGGAAUCAGAACUGAACCGAUUAUUGAGAAUUGUUGUUGAUGUUGAAAACCUGUUCAUGUGUGUACACAAGGAAGAAGAUGCUGAAACAAAACAAGUCUACUUUUACCUGUUCAAGCUACUUCGGAAAUGUAUUCUAAAUAUGAGCCAGCCCACUAUUGAGGGGCCGUUGGGAAGUCCACCAUUUGAAAAACCUAGCAUAGCAAAGGGAGUGACAAACUUUGUGGUGUAUAAGUUUGGACAUCUAGCACAGCGUGAAUGGCAGACAAUGUAUGAUUUAGCCAAGAUGUUUUUACACUGUCUCAACCACUGGAAGUUAGAGACACCAACCAGCAGGACACAGCAUGCGGGUACUGAAGAUAUGGCUGUGUACAAAGUUAACUAUACAAGGUGGUUGUGUUACUGCCACGUUCCUGCAUUCUGUGACAGCCUUACAAGAUAUGAAACAACUCUCAUCUUUGGUCGUACUCUUCUCCGUUCCGUCUUCCAAACAAUGCGCAGGCAACUUCUUGACAAAUUUCGAGCUGAAAAAGAGAAGAUGCCACCUGAAAAAAGAACUCUUGUGCUGACUCAUUUUCCAAGAUUUUUAUCAAUGUUGGAAGAAGAGGUUUAUGGUACAAAUUCACCGAUAUGGGAUCCAGAAUUUUCCCAGAAUGCAGCAAAUAUGACAGGAUCCUCACCUAGUAAUCGUAUGGCAUCUGUCUGUUUAGAUUUCGAUGACUCAACAAAUCAUACACCGACUCCUCCCACAGCCACUGGGGUGAGUGGUUUGAAUCGGUUCACCACAUCAGGAACAGUCCCCGUAGCUAGCGGCGACACCUAUACAUCUAUCAAUGUGAGCCCAGGCCUCAUACCCUCCACCCGACGCAACUCCAAGGCAGAGCCCGGUGCUGGGAGUGAGCUCAAGAGGAAGUUGGAGGAUUCAUUCAGCCCUGAGGAGGCAAAGAGGAAGCGUAUCGAUGGUGACAUCAGUGCUGAGUACCUCGCUGAGGUGGUGGCCACCAUUACUGAGCCAGAGAAGAUGGUCGGACCUGAUACCUCACUGUUUCCUGCUCACUCUGCGCGUGACGAGUCAGCACGACGAGAGGAGAUUAAGGGUGUGAUAGAGUUCCAUGUAGUGGCCAAUAGUCUCAGCAACAGACCCUCCAAACAGACACUUAUCUGGCUCAUCGGUCUACAGAAUGUUUUCUCUCACCAGCUGCCACGCAUGCCCAAGGAAUACAUAACUCGCCUUGUGUUUGAUCCGAAACACAAAUGUCUGUCCCUGAUAAAGGACAACAAAGUGAUAGGAGGGAUAUGUUUCCGCAUGUUCCCUACACAAGGUUUCACCGAGAUUGUUUUCUGUGCUGUCACAUCCAACGAGCAAGUGAAGGGCUAUGGAACCCACAUGAUGAAUCAUCUAAAGGAUUAUCAUAUCCGACACAGUGUCCUUCACUUCCUCACAUUCGCUGAUGAGUAUGCCAUCGGCUAUUUCAAAAAACAGGGCUUUUCCAAAGACAUUAAAAUGAACAGAUCAGCCUACUUGGGCUACAUCAAGGAUUACGAGGGAGCGACACUGAUGGGCUGUGAACUUAACCCCCGAAUCUGUUACACAGACUUCUCCAGUGUGAUCAGGAAACAGAAGGAGAUUGUGAAGACCAUCAUAGAGAAGAAGCAGGAACAGCUACAGAAGGUAUACCCUGGUCUGACCUGCUUCAAGGAGGGUGUACGCCAGAUACCCGUGGAGAAUAUCCCAGGUCUACAUGAUCUUGGCUGGAAACCUCCUGUUGACAAAAACAAAGAUACGCCCAUGGAGAGUGAACAACUCCACUCAGCAGUCAAAACAAUACUACAGCAAGUUAAGUCCAAUGGCAGUUCCUGGCCAUUCCAGAAGCCUGUCGACAAGUCUGAGGCGCCCGACUACUACGAUCACAUUAAAUUUCCUAUGGAUCUGAAAACAAUGACAGAAAGAUUAAAAAACCGUUACUACUGCAACAAACGACUCUUCAUUGCCGACAUGACAAGAAUCUUCACAAACUGUCGAGCCUACAACAAACCUGACACUGAGUACUACAAAUGUGCUAACUCACUGGAGAAAUUCUUCUCCACAAAAAUGAAGGAGGCUGGUCUGAUGGAAAAGUGAAACACUGUUUCAUAGGGAGAAUGCGGAGUGUCGUGUUUUACCACAGGAAUUGAUACUGAAACUGCAAUAUUGAGAUCUGGAUGUGGAUGAGACUGAUAAACUUUAUACAGUAUUAAUAGAGGUUGCUCGUAGUCGGCCACAAUUUUGCGAAUAAAUGUAAAUAUUGAGUUACUAAGUUUUGAAGUACGUAUGGCGACAAUAUAGAUAAUUUUUACUCUCAAUAUUUUGUGCUCUGUAUUGUAAUUUCAAGCAUUUGCCUGCUGUCUUCAGCCUACCAGAACAGCCAAACUGCAGCAUUCGUUUGGUAGAAACUAUGUAUAACAUUAUAUUUGAGUGUAAAAAAUAUUUAAUCAAUCCCAUUAUUAGGGUAUUCAGCAAUAGCAGAGUUCUUUAUUUUAAGUCCAGUAGUGAAAUCUUCAUAUAGAUCCAAAACUGAAAUGUGUUUUAUAUUAAUGUAAAAUUUAUAUUGUUUCAUUUUAAUAAGAGAAGAACAUUCAGCCUGUUUAUAUGAUAAUUAUACCAAUUUGGGUAUUUCAAUUUAACUGCUACAUCCAGUCAUAGUUUAUAAUUAUGAUGAAUUGCAGUGCAAGUCUCACAUAAGUGAAUUGGUGUGUGUAAGUAGUGAGAUGAGUACAGGGUUGUCGUACAAGUGUUUUUUUAAUCGGUAUACAAUCAGUCGAAAGGAUGUGUGUACGUGUCUGGAUGAGGAAUGUGAGUAUUUAAAGGAGUAAAUGAACAAUAUUGACUCAGUAACUCAGCCUUACAUACACAAUUAUACAUGGCCAUCACUUCCCACAUUUAUAGGUCUCAUGACAUAAUUUAGUCUUUCAAGAAUUCUGAUAAAUUAUUAUAAGUACUCUGAACCUCACGUUUGAAGUUCUAUCAUUCUUUUGACUAUUGUACCAGUACGGAGGGCAGAAUCACCUGAUCAAAUAGUGCUGCAGCCAUGAGUUAUCUCCCCUGUCUCAUAAAUAUUCCUUAACUUAAAAUUUUCAAUAGGAAAGCAUUACAAUACAUUACAUUAUAGCUUAUGUUAUAUUAAAGGAAUUUCCAUCCACAAGUGAAGGAAUGUUGAUGACACCGGGGCCUGUUCAAAGGACAGAUUUUACUGGUAUAACCAGACAUGAAUUUUGGACUCUAACAUUGUUUUUUGUUCAUUUUGUCUGCUUCAUCUAUUCAAUAUUUAAGGUUGAUUAAGCACCCUAUUUACACCCUGAAUCAUCAGAUGGAAGUGUUUUUGAGUAUCAAAGAAAUGAAAUAUAAACAGCUGUCAAGAUGGUUAUGUCACCAUUAACAGUUUAUCACUGAGACUUUUGUUUAUAGGUCAGUUUUUAGUUCUAACGUUUCAGGUAUAAAUCUUGACAGACAUGCAGAUAUUAAUACAGGUCUUGAAAAUAUUUGUCGAGGCUUUUCUGAAAACAACAUAAAAUCAUAAGGUCCAUCAUUAUUUCAUAAAAGAACAAACCACACAGACAAAUGGUGUGUAGUCAGCUGGUCAAUUUUGAAUUGUGUAGGACUGCAAACACCCACAACAAUUUCUCUCUAGAUUGUGUGGAAUGGGCAAACAAAGGUAAACUUUUAUACAUCUGAAAAUGAGGUUAAGUUGGUGGACAGGUGUGUUGAGAGUGAUUUUUAAUCGGCAGUAUGUAAUAGUUAAUGGUUUAAAGUUUUGCAUAAAUGGGGUUGAAUAUUCACUAUUUACUAAGGAGUUGCAGUGGAGCCUUUAUGUCAGGGAAAAAUGGAUUUUCUGAUAUAAAGUUUUAACAGAAAUCCUGUUCUAGAAAUGUGUGCAAAAAGUACAUACCAUGAUGUAUGCAUCACAUAGAAAAACUUCCAAGAAAUUUCUGGGAACCUACCAACAUAUAUUUACCAAGUGUUGAAUACCGAAACAACAUAGAAAUCAGGUUUCACACUAAAAACCUUUCUGAAUGGAAGCCUCUGUACACACUGCCUUAAAAUGUUAAAGAGUUGACUAGUUCUUGAACGGUUACAGAAACAUGAAUACCAGUGAUCUCUCUGGUGUGGUCUAUGUUGAAUAUUUGCAUGAACCAAGGGAGGUAGUCCGUUCAUUUCAUGAAUUUUUCAGUAUCAUGAUUUCAACGAGUAAAUGAUGCAGGGCUACUUCGCACUACUGUGAUUUAUCAUUGCGUCAGUAAAUAAAUAUACAUCUACGUAAAGCAAGCCUUUAAUUUUAUCAUGACAUGUUCUAAUGAUGCAAACAAGUAUAUCGGGUGAAACUAUGGAUUUUGAAAAUACAGUCGCUGAAAUCAACUGAUGUUUCACUUUUGUAUUGUUUGAUAAGAGAGGAUAGAUCUCUACAAUGUUAAUUGUAUCAAUGGUCAUCGUCAUGUUGUCAUUCUUCUUGUAUUGAGAAUAUCAUUACAUCAUCACAAUCAAUAAAUCAUCAAAGAAG